AUGUCUACUGAUGAUUCUUCUUCGUUAAUAAAGAAAUCUAUGGCUUUUAAUAAUAAUACUAGUAAAAGUACUACGGAUGAUGUCGUAUUGCAGAAAGAAGAAGAUAUUGUCAUAACCAGAUCCUUAUAUUACAAUGAUAUUAGCGCUAAGAAUACUUUGCUAGAAAGAAAAGAAAAGAAAGAAAAAAUGUGUGGAAGAAUGAUAUUUGACCAUUUUAUAGAUGACAAUAACACCACUAUUACCAAUAAUAAAGGAGGACAAAAAAAAAGUUCCCAAAGGAACGAUAGCAAUGAUAACGACGAGGAAUAUGAAAUAGAUAAUGAUCUAACUGAUAUAGAAUUCAAUGCUGAAGAUCAAACAAAUAGAGAUAUAACCUUGAAUACUACUGUUAGUAAUGGUAGUACUAGUAGCACCGCCAGUAGCCUAAGAGGUGAAACAACAGUAAGGAGUAAAAAAAGAAAAAGAAAAACUAUUAAUAAAAAUAGGGAGAACGAUAUUUCACACCCAGUUGGACACCAUAUUUAUCAUCAUCAUCAUCACUAUCAUCAUUAUCAACGUCCUAGUAUCAAUAACACUGCAUCUUCUUCUUGUAAUAAUAGUAUUUCUCACAAUAAUAGUAUUUCUCCUAAUAAUAGUAUUCCUCCCAAUAAUAGUAUUCCUCCCAAUAAUAGUCUUUCUCCCAAUAAUAGUAUUUCUCCCAAUAACACUAAACACCAUUACACUUCGUUAUCUUUAAGGGAACUAAGCUUACAAAAUCUAAAUGCAUUACAACAUUUUUCGCUAUCCAUUUGUAGAGAUAUAGCAUUUAUCCCACCAAUAUUAGGACUUUUUAAUUCCCUUAAGAGAGCAAUGGAAUUAAAUAUUAAUAAGUCCAUUUCAUCGCAUAACAGCGGCAAUUUGGGUGUUUUAUUUUACAAUUAUUUAUUACAAAAUGUUACAAGUAAUCCGAGCCCUAUUGCUCAUCACAAUCAUGCCUUUGGUGGCUAUUCACUUAAUGAUACAGUUGAUAUGAAGAAUGACAUAGAUAUAAACCCAGUAAUUAAUAUGUUUCAAAACUUUUGGAAACAGUAUCAACCUGAGCAUCAAUACCAACAACAAAUAUCUUUUAUGGACUUUAAUGCCACUUUUAAUAUGAUGAAGUUCUUUUUGACAAAUAAUUACCAAACGCUGGUUAAUGGAGAAAACAACAAUAACAUAAAUGACAGUAGUACUAGUUUUAGUAGCAUAUCCAAUAUUGUAAGCUUAUUAUUAAAUACCAUUAACAAUGCAUCUAAUGCUACGGCCAUUAAUAGUAGUGGUAUUAAUAAUAAUACUAGUAAUAAUAAUACUAGUAAUAAUAAUACUAGUAAUAAUAAUAAAACAAAUGGUAAUAUUCAUGAAAAUUAUUUAUCUGCUAUAAUAACAGCUAGAUCAAGUGAAUAUUUGGUUUGUGCAAUGUGGUGUUUAGUUUCUUUAUACCUAACGUAUGUCAUACUGGACUCGCUAAUGAUUAGAUGGAUUACCAAAUAUUCAAUACCAGCUGCUAUACUUAGAAUGUUUUCAAUUAGUUUAAUGCUUAUUACUGUAGAACUACUCUGUUUAUCAUCAUUAAGUCCUGCUAAAGAUGAUUACUCUUUACAUACUUGGAUAUUCAUUAGUUGCAUGUUAACUGUUGGAUAUAUAUGGCAAAGUUUUUGGACAUCUUAUUUAAAAUAUCAGCAACCAAAACAGCUAGGCAACAAUAAUAAAACUAGCAGCAAGUCCCAGAAUAACAAAUUUUUGAAAUAUACCUGGAAAAGACAUUUAGAUUUAUAUAAUAUUAUUGUAUUUGCAGUUAUUCCUAUUGGUAUGGCCAGCUUUAUUACUAUGAUCAUAUUAUUGAGGAAUUUGAUUAUACAGCGAUUAGAUGUGGAACAAUUGGAAAGAAUAUAUGGUAAAGAAGUUGUAAGAAUAGGUUUAUCUUCUAAAUUCUAUGGAAUCGGUUUAAAAACCGCUGAAGCCAUAUGUUCUAGAUUAGGUUUUUACCCAUGGAUGAGAAUGCAUCAAUUAACUGAACCACAACUCAUGAUGCUUACCAAGGAGCUAUCGGAAAUGACUAUUGAAGGAGAUGCUCGUGCCAUAGUUAAAGAAAAUAUUGCAUUAAAGAGGAAGAUCGGAUCUUAUGCAGGGUUAAGACAUGCUAUGAAUUUACCCGUUCGUGGUCAAAAUACUAGAAAUAAUGCUAAUACAGCUAGAAGAUUGAACAAAUUAGAUAGAAGGGGUUAUCAUACCGUUCCUGUUAAUACCUAUAACAAUGGUUAUACAAAAAGUGUAAUUUUAUCCCAAAUAACAAAUUUAACUAACAACAAAUUUUAA